CGGUGUGGACGGAGAGGCACGCCAGCGCGUGGAAGUGCUCUCGGUGCGCGUGCAUGGCUCGCUCAGCAGCAGGAGGAGCUGUGACCGUACAGUUGGGCAGAGAUGGGGUGCACAACCUAAGUUUAAGCCGACACCGCGGCUGGGUUUUAGCAGCUUCGGAGUAAUUUUUUUCACUUAGUUCCGAGAAAUGGCGGCGCCGGAGCCGAGGAGGUGAGCAGCAGCUCGGUCCGCUCACCGGUGGGUGGGGGUUCAAAACAGUGCGCACUCUUUUCUAGUGGGGUCCCAUUUUUUUUGUUAUUUUCCCACUGAUAUUCGUGUGGAAUCAUGACGACGGGACAGGACGAGAGUUCGGUCCGGGUGGCUCUGAGGAUCCGUCCUCAGCUGGCCAGGGAGAAGAUAGAGGGAUGUCAUAUCUGUACGUACGUGAUGCCAGGAGAGCCCCAGGUGAUCCUGGGAAAAGACAAGGCCUUCACCUUUGAUUAUGUGUUCGACAUGGACUCCCAGCAGGACUCCAUCUACACCACCUGCACCGAGAAGCUGAUCGAGGGCUGCUUCGAAGGCUACAACGCCACCGUGUUCGCAUACGGACAGACGGGGUCAGGAAAGACUUACACAAUGGGGACGGGCUUCGAUGUCAACAUCCUGGAGGAGGAGCUGGGCAUCAUUCCCCGUGCUGUUCACCACCUCUUUAAGGGCAUCGAGGAGCGCCGCCAGGUGGCCCAGGAGCAGGGACGCCCAGCGCCGGAGUUUAAAAUCAACGCACAAUUCCUUGAGCUUUAUAACGAGGAAGUUCUGGACCUGUUUGACUCUGCACGAGACAUGAAGCAGAAGUCCCUCAUUAAAAUCCAUGAAGAUGCCAAUGGAGGAAUUUAUACAGUGGGAGUGACCACACGCACCGUGUCCUCGGAGGCUGAGAUGAUGCAGUGCCUGAAGUUGGGGGCUCUUUCUCGCACAACAGCCAGCACUCAGAUGAAUGUUCAGAGUUCUCGAUCCCACGCCAUCUUCACCAUCCACCUGUGCCAAGUCCGCGUCUGUGCCUCUGACAAUCAAGAAAAUGAGAAUGAUAACAAGGUCUCUAAUGGAAACUCUGAGAUGGAUGAGUACGAGACUCUUACCGCCAAAUUUCACUUUGUGGACCUAGCUGGUUCUGAAAGACUGAAGAGAACCGGAGCGACAGGGGACCGAGCCAAAGAAGGCAUCUCCAUUAACUGUGGACUGCUUGCUCUGGGGAAUGUAAUCAGUGCUUUAGGUGAUCGAAGCAAGCGGACUUCUCAUGUGCCUUACAGAGACUCCAAACUAACCCGACUCCUACAGGACUCUUUAGGAGGAAACAGCCAAACCAUGAUGAUCGCAUGCAUUAGUCCGUCUGAUCGGGACUUUAUGGAAACUUUAAACACGUUGAAAUAUGCCAACCGAGCCCGCAACAUCAAGAACAAAGUGAUGGUGAACCAGGACAAGGCCAGCCAGCAGAUCAGCGCUCUGAGGACAGAGAUCGCUCGACUGCAGAUGGAGCUGAUGGAGUACAAGACGGGUAAACGCUUAGUGGGUGAGGAUGGUGUGGAGAGCUUCAGCGACAUGUUCCACGAGAACUCCAUGCUGCAGACGGAGAACAACAACCUGAGGGUGAGGGUCAAAGCCAUGCAGGAGACCAUCGACGCCCAGCGGGCGCGCCUCACCCAGCUGCUCAGCGACCAGGCCAACCAGGCUCUCGCCAGGGCAGGUGAAGGAGGAACCGAAGAAAUUGGAAACAUGAUACAGAGUUACAUUAAGGAGAUUGAAGACCUGCGGGCGAAGCUCCUAGAAAGCGAGGCGGUGAACGAGAACCUGAGGAAGAAUCUGUCCCGCGCUUCAAGCCGUCAGUCUUUCUACUCGGGGCCCGGCUCCUUCUCCUCCAGCCUGAUGGCCCCCGAGAAGGAGACCUCUGAUGUCAUCGAACUCGCCAAGAAAGACCUGGAGAAACUGAAGAAACGCGAAAAAAAGAAAAAGAAAAGUGCCAACAAGGAGGAAGCUGACAACGAGCCAGAAAAAGCCUCUGAGAAGGAAACAUCGGAGCGGGUCAAUGAGGACACCGAAAUGGAGGUGCAAGAAACCAGCGACCACGAGGAAGGUGAGGAGGAGGAGGAAGAGGAUGAGGAGGAAAUGGAUGUGGAGGAGAGCUCUGAUGAUUCUGACUCAGAGUCAGAUGAAAAAGAGAACUACCAGGCAGAUCUGGCCAACAUCACCUGUGAGAUUGCCAUCAAGCAGAAACUCAUCGAUGAGCUGGAGAACAGCCAGCGCCGUUUGCACACGCUCAAACAGCAGUACGAACAGAAGCUGAUGAUGCUGCAGUGCAAGAUCAGAGACACCCAGCUGGAGCGGGACCGGGUCCUCCAAAACAUGAAUUCGAUGGAAACUGGCUCAGACGACAAGGCUCGUAAAAUCAAAGCGGAGUAUGAAAAGAAGCUGAGCGUCAUGAACAAGGAGCUUCAGAAGCUCCAGUCUGCUCAGAAGGAGCACGCUCGCCUGCUGAAGAACCAAUCACAGUAUGAGAAGCAGCUCAAGAAGCUUCAGAUGGACGUGUCGGAGAUGAAGAAGACCAAGGUUCGUCUCAUGAAACAAAUGAAGGAGCAGCAGGAGAAAAAUCGAAUGAACGAGUCUCGCAGGAAUCGAGAAAUUGCCUCUUUGAAGAAAGAUCAGCGACGGCAAGAGCAUCAGCUGAAGCUGCUUGAAGCUCAGAAAAGACAGCAGGAACUGAUCCUGAGGAGAAAGACUGAGGAGGUGACUGCUCUCAGGAGGCAGGUCAGGCCCACCUCAGGUAAAGUGGUCAGGAAAGUCAACCUUCCAGAACCAGUUCAGGACUCUGUCCACCGCCCCCCCUCUGGACGUAUGUACUCCUCCAGCAGCACUGCUCCAAACGGCACAUGGUCUUCUUACAGGCGCUCAGGAGGAGUUUAUUCUACAAGAAUUGCUCGCAACAAGUGGCAGACUUUGGAGCGGCGCAUCACAGACGUCAUCAUGCAGAGAAUGACUAUUUCAAACAUGGAGGCCGACAUGAACCGCCUCCUUAAGCAACGAGAGGAGCUGACGAAGCAUAAAGAGAAGGUGAUCCGGAAGAGGGAUCGUCUCCUGCGAGAGGGGGCGGAGUCAGAGAAGGCGGUGCUUCCUCUCAGUGAGGAAGUGGAUGCGUUGGCUGCCAACAUCGACUACAUUAACGACAGCAUUGCAGACUGUCAGGCCAACAUCAUGCAGAUGGAGGAAACUAAGGAGGAGGGCGACACGGUGGAUGUCUCUGCUGUGAUCGGCUCUUGUAGUCUGGCUGAAGCUCGUUUCCUGCUGGAUCAUUUCAUGUCGAUGGCAAUUAACAAGGGUCUGCAGGCAGCUCAGCGGGAGUCCCAGGUGAAGGUCAUGGAGGGCCGGCUGAAGCAGACUGAGAUCACCAGUGCUACUCAGAACCAGCUGCUGUUCCACAUGCUGAAGGAAAAAGCUGAGUUCAACCCAGAGCUGGAUGCACUGUUAGGAAAUGCUCUACAAGAGCUAGGUAACCUCCCGACUGAAAAUGGGGACGACAGCAGCAGUGAUGAGUCGUCUCAAAGUCCCUUGGCAGAGGGAGCCGCUUUGACAUCAGACCUCAUGAAACUUUGUGGCGAGACCAAAACAAAAAAUAAGGCUCGUAGAAGGACCACCACUCAGAUGGAGUUGCUGUACGCCAAUAGUGACUCUGCUCCUGACGCAGCUGCAGACUUCGCUGGUCCGAUGCUGCAGCCCCCUGAAACACCUGAUGGGAGUGGAGACAUGGACUUCUCAUCAGUCAGGGACUACACAGCUCUCUCCCCUGGCUUUUCCUCUAAAAUGGGCAGCAUUUCUGGCUCCAGGCCAGGUUUGGAGAAGCAAGCUCCGGAGCCUUCUCCGCUCUCUCGCAGGAAGACCUAUGACAAGUCACAAGCAGCGGCUGACAGGGCAAAGGUCAAGGAGAUUAAACAGGGCGUUAUUAAUCCGGUGCCAUCCACAAAGAGCAGCCGAUCUGCAUCGUUACAGUGUGUUCAUGUGGCAGAGGGACACGGAAAAGCUGUUUUAUGUGUCGACUGCACCGACGACCUUCUGUUCACUGGAUCCAAAGAUCGGACCUGUAAAGUUUGGAAUCUAGUGACGGGUCAAGAGAUAAUGUCCCUGGCCGGUCACCCUAACAAUGUGGUGUCGGUCCGCUACAGCUCCAGUUUAGUCUUCACUGUCUCCACCUCCUACAUCAAAGUCUGGGACAUCAGGGACUCUGCCAAGUGCAUCAAAACGUUAACGUCUUCUGGUCAGGUAAAUGUUGGAGACAUCUGCGCAUCUACCACCAGUCGGACGGUCACUAUCCCUGCAGGAGAAAACCAGAUCAACCAGAUUGCUCUCAACCCCAAUGGAACAGUUCUAUACACAGCUGCUGGGAACUCUGUCAGAGUGUGGGACCUUAGAAAAUUUGCGUCUACUGGGAAACUCAUGGGUCACCAAGGUCCAGUGAUGUGUCUGACUGUGGAUCAGUCUGGAAACAACCAAGACUUGGUGAUCACUGGGUCCAAGGACCAUUACAUCAAGCUGUUUGAUGUGUCUGAAGGCUCUUUGGGGAGCAUCAGCCCAACGCACAACUUUGAGCCCCCGCAUUACGAUGGCAUCGAAUCACUGGUGGUCCAGGGGGACAUUUUUUUCAGUGGUUCUCGAGACAACGGGAUCAAGAAAUGGGACCUGGACCGCAAAGAUCUGCUGCAGCAAGUCCCAAAUGCUCACCGUGACUGGGUUUGUGCUCUUGGCCUCGUCCCCGGCUCCCCGGCCCUGCUGAGCGGCUGCCGAGGUGGGGUCCUCAAGCUUUGGCACACAGACACCCUGGGGGCCCUGGGAGAACUCAAGGGGCACGAGAGCCCCAUAAACAGCAUCACUGCAAACAGCAGUCACCUGUUCACAGCGUCCGACGACCGCACUGUGAAGAUCUGGCGGGCUCGCGGUGGGCUGGACAGCACCUUAGAAGUCGAUAAUGCAGAUGAUGUCGCCAGUAACUGAAGACGGCCGCUUGCUUCGACUGUAGAGGGAACGAACAGCCCUUUGUGUUGCUGCUGCCCUGCACUUUGAACCCAAAACAUCACCUUAGAUACUCCUCGAUUUUUAACCCAGCUCACACUAAUCUUAUCUCACCUGCAGCAGUUGUUCUCUCUGACUGAUGUUUUUCCAUGACAUGGUGCAGUGCAGCUCAUUUUGGGUGUUUCUUUGUAGUUACAACAUGAAUCAGCUGGAACGUGGUGACAGUGGAACAAGAUAUUUUAUGUGUGCACAGAUCAAACAGGUUGUGCAUGACUACUGAAAGGGGCAUGUUUAGAAACCCAAAGUGUGGCUUACAUAUCUUUUAUUCUGCUGACUGGCCUUGAGCUGUGCAGCAUCGAGUCACUAUGAGUGAACCUUUCUGAAACAAAUGUAUUCAGAACUAAACUAAACUUUAUUCCACUUUAGGCUUUUCACUCUUUAAUCACUUCUUGUUAAAACUGCUAAAUCAUGAUGUGAUGAACACACUCCGACUGCAGCUUCACACAUGCCACAGUGCUGAACUGCUGAGAGAAGACUGUCUGCAGUGUAAUACUCUACCAUAUAAUGGAAACACAAAAUCAAACUCUUUUCUAGAAAAUCUUAUUUUCCCCUCCUUUUGCCUUAUCAACCUUGUACUCUAAAUAAUUCACUUUAGCUCAACAUAGACUCAUUUCUCUGCUGGGAUGUAACAUAGAUGAACACUCGCCCUGGAAGAAAGCUUGUUGUUGUCUUGAAGUCGAGGGUUAAAGGAGGAAGACGUGGCAGAAUAAAAGGGUUGGUAGCUGGUCUUCACAACCCACUUCUCAAUCAGCUGAUGUUUCCCUGUAGGUCUAAAGCUGAGAGGAACAAAUGUGACUUUGUGAAAAAUGGGAAAGCACUGGACCCCCUCAACUUUCCUCUCCUGCUGUGUUGCAGCUUCAGACUAGUGAUCACGACUGUGCAACCUGUCAUUUCGUCUUGUUGCUGUACUGUGCAGCACUUGUGAACUCAACAGUCUUAACAGCAGCAGUCCCACUUGACGCAAAAGUUUGACAAAAAUAAACCUAUUUGCUUUCUGUGCAGGAGCUGGCAGAGACAGCUAUAAAGCCUCAACCUCUUUUAAACCCAAUAAUUUGAAUAAAACAUCUCAUUUGUUUCAUCUGCAGAAAACCGAAGUAAACAUUGUGGAGUUGAGGAAGGUUCUGGUUGCUUAGGUAGUCUUCUACAUUUUGUCUCACUCUACUCUUACAGUUUCCCAUUACAUUGAACAACUAAGGUGUUGCAUUUUAACAGCAGAUUUUUCAGCUGGCAUCAGUUGAGUCCUGCUAGCUCAACGUUAGCUGUAGCUUCUCUCGGCCAAAAAAGCGCAAACUUUCUUCUGAUUCAACACGUUUCCCAACAUGUAGGACUAUUCCUUUAGCUUUUGAGCACUUGUAAGAAGUUGACACAGUUAAGCUUUGAAAUGUGAACAGUUUUAGUUCUUGUAUCACCAUGUGACACGUUGUCUGAUCGUACACCACUAACCUCUCCCUGCUCCGAAGGCAUCUGAUCCCCUUCCUUCACCCUAGAACAGGGCUUCUAGUUGUGGACUCCAGGUGAGGUCCACCUGGUAUCGCCGCUAACAUAUGUGUUUAAAUUUGUAACUGUAUUUUUGUUUUCGUUGGAAGAGGCCUUCAGACUCGCCUAACUGAGACACGUCUCCUGGUUCUGGUCUUUGUGAGGCCCCCCUUUCAAGCUCCUUCCUGAUGUAACUGAUCAGUCCCGAUCGUGAGCUGUCGCUUAUGAAUGUUUAGUGAAACAGCACCUGUAGGCAUCAUUUUAAUGUAUGUGUGUAUUUAAAAGAAAAAAGUGACUGAAUGUUUGUAAUGUGGGACCAUUGAUCUGAAUGCAGUCUCACAACAGCCAAGAGGACCAGAAGUGGCAGAAAGCCUAAGGACUGAGUGUUUCCUGCACUGAGGUGGCCUACAGCUAUCUGGUUAGUUUUUAUUAGUUCUGCUCUCUUUGUUCCAGAUAUCCUGGGUGUUUCCCUUUGGAGUUUUAGUAGCCAUUUCUAAAUGGCAGACUUUAGCUAUUCUAAUGUCAGAUGCCUGGUGAGAAUAAAUGCUAUCUGUCAAAAACAA